AUGGCUGAGAAAGUAAUGCCAAACCAUCUAAUGCAAAGUGUUAGUAUUGUGACAGGUGCUGGAAAUGGUAUAGGGCUUGCUAUUGUCAAAAAGCUCUUACAAGCACCAACAGUUUCUCACGUGGUUGCAGUCGACCUCAAGAUUGAGAAACUUGAAUCAAUCCAGGGAGACUAUGCACAGAAAUUGCACAUUGUCGCUGGAGAUGUUUGUCAAGAGAAUAUCAACAUCCAGGCGGUCGAGAUGGCGAUUAGGCAUGGGAGCAGGCUUACAACCCUUAUCCUCAAUGCAGCCACAUAUCGGCCACUGGGAGCAUUCCCAACUCUCAGUCUGGAAAGCUGGAAGCAUGCAUUUGAUGUCAACUUCUUUUCUAAUAUCCAUAUGCUACAAGUCGCUUGGCAUCACCUUCAAGAAAGCAGCGGCAGCAUAAUAGUGACUUCAUCCCGUGUCAGUCAACAGCCCUGUGAGUCAUGGACAUGCUAUGCAUCCUCAAAGGCGGUCCUCAACUAUCUGUGCGGCUGUAUUCCGUUAGAAGAUUCCAGAAUUAGCUCUAUCGCUAUUACGCCAGGCGCAGUUGAUACAGAAAUGCAAACGGGACUGCGGGAAGAAGGCACUGCCUCUCCCGAGCUGCAGAAGUUCCUUAAUGCCCUUAAGGCAGAAGGAAGAUUGCUGAAACCGGAGGAGCCAGCUGCUGCAUUUGCAAAGUUAGUGGAAAUAGGAAUACCAAAGGACUUAAAUGGCCAGACUAUUUAUUGGGAGGAUGUUUUAUAA